AUGUAUACAAAGCUAAGCCUUUUGCUUACUUUGUGGCUAGCCAUGCAAUUGGCCAGCAAAACAACUGCCAUGCUCGAGUUUAAAAAUAUAAAUUGUGAGGCUGUGGAUAAGGAAUUUAGCGAAUUUGAAUACUGCUAUCUAAAGUCUGUGAACAGGACAUACAAGUAUAUUUCGGUUAAAUUAAAAUUGCUACAAUUGCCAGUAACCAAUGCUAAGGUUAAUGGAGCACUGUUUCAACGACACAAUGGAUACAAACCCUUUCUGUACAAUAUAACAGUGGAUUGUUGCAAGCUCGUCAAGAAUCCGAAGUACAGUCCCGUUGCUAGCUACUUUUUCGACACAUUUAAAGAAUUUUCGAACAUGAAUCAUUCUUGUCCGUUCAAUCAUGACAUAAUACUGGAUAAACUGACUGCAAAAUCUGUAUAUCACCGUAUGACUAAUAUUCUACCUUUUCCCGAGGGGGACUAUAUGCUUCAAUUAAACUGGUUUACAUCUGGCAUCUAUAGAGUCAUAUUUAAAGUUUUUGUGUCACUCAAAAAAUGA